CAAAAACGAAUAUGAACAAGUUAGGACAUCAGAGCGACGACACCGCCAAACCGCAAAGGGCCACUGCAUUAAACAUAUGCAUUACCAUCAAAACUGAUUCAGUAGAGCUGCUCGAGCGCGCGCUCCUGACGAGCAUCUUCUAUCAUGUCGGCAUCCGGCAUGCACCAGCUGCAGGUGCACCAGGCCCGCGCUUCUCCGUUGGGGAAGGCGUUGGAGGCCUCGGGAUUGCAGAACAAGUUGAAAUCCGAGCUGCGAUACCAGUUGAUCGAAAACUUGAAGUCCAAAAACCAAAUCAAAAUCUCCGCGGACCAGGGGAAAAAGCACGAUCUUCGGGAAAAGGCCCUGUUUUCCCUGCUACUCGAGGCAUUGAAGGUGAAGAACAAGCUCUACAGCAUGAGCGUGCUGACGCCGGAAUGCGGCCUCCGAGACGGCGAGAUCAUGUCGAAGGCAGACAUCUGCAAGGUACUCGGAAUAUCACUGGCCGAUGUGGAGUUGCUGGGAAAUGGUGGCAUGCCGCUCUCGCCGACAGAUGGUAGGAUUUGUUUUCUGUCCUUCUGCUUUCGCGAUAAGCGACCUUUAUCUGGAUUAUGUUUGAUGCCAAUUUUAGAAUUGGCCUGGAAACAAUCGUUGAGUCAAAUCGAAAUGGAAAUCAGACGUUAACAUGACCGGUCCAACGUCGACAAGCCCCCCGACUGCAGCGUCUUUACUUGAGUCUCUUCUGCUCUGGGUCGAGAAGCAGCAGCAGUCGCAGCAGCAGAAAAAGCUGCAAAAACGCGAGUCCAUGUGUCAGACGGACGCCGUGAACAUAGUCGGCCCUGGUGGGAACGGCGGAGGACCCGGCGGCUACAAUUUGGAGUACAAGCUGAAAAAGCUCGAGGCCGACAGCAAGCUGGAUAGGAAUAAAAACAUGACAAAAUAUCUGGAAGAGAAGAUGUUGCUCUACCAGCAGCAGUGCGAAAAGCGGUACCGCCAAGAAAUGGACGCCGAGCUGCAGCGGGUGAAGGCCUUGGACCGGCAGCAGAUUCGGUUAGAAGAGGCGCAGAAAGCGCGAGCCGAGUACCAGACGCGCCAGCUCGAGUCCAACAAGGCUUUCUCGGAGAAGGAGGCACGGCUCAAGACGAAAGAGGAGCAGGCCUUGCACCGGCUGCAGCAAAAGGAGAUCGAGCUCGACCGCAAGGCCACUGAACAACGCACGCUGUUACUGCGGAAAAUGGAGGAACAAAACUUGAUUGUACAGAGAAAAACAGAAUGGGUCGCGCUCGAGGAAAAGCGACUUGCGCUAGCGAGGGACGGCGUCGAAAGCGAGAAGGUAUGUUUGUGGUUUUUAUUCUUGAGUACAGCGACCUCCCCUUCCUGCAAAAUCAAAGUUGGUUCCAGGAAGCAAUGAGUGCCGAAUUGCUCAUCCUUUCAGGAGCAUAUAGGAAUCGACAUUCCACCUUGUCAGUGAUGUCCACAACUAAAAAAUCAGAGCAAGUUCGCUGAAGAGCGCCGAAACUGGGAAGCUUCGCGUAGACAGUUGGAAGCACAAAAUCAGGCUGUUGUCGACAGACACAAAAUCGACGUGGAGAAAAACCUGGAACAAGACAUGGUACAAGAAAAAUUUGUGAUUUGCCACGAAGUGGAAGUUGUAAGGACGCGCAUUGUGGGAAGCGAUGGCGAUUCAAAAUGAACACCAUUGCAAUUCAAAUCUUAUGUUAUUCCUUGCAACAUCCGGCGACGAAAACCCCCUCAGGUCAAAGCGCGGACGUUUCAGCUGAAUCUCGAAAAGGAAAAGUGCCAGAUCGAUCUAAUCAAGCAGCAGCGCGACACGGCUUUGACAGAGAGUCGGAACUACUUCGAGCAGACUACUACGCUGAAGAAAACUGUUGUGGAACUCGAGGACCGGCUGAAGGAAUUCAAGAUUCUGCACGAAGCGAGCCAGCGCCAGGUCGCAAUUGCCGCCGAGCAAACGAAACUAGAGCAGCAACAGGUAGAGAAGUUGAAGACGGUAAAUCAGCUCCGGGAAGAGGAGUUGAAACGGCAGGAGGACGUAUUUUCUGGACUCAGCAAGAAGGAGCAGGCACUUCUACGGCAGCAAGAGGAGAACCAGAAACUUCUGCAGAAGCAAAUCGACGACUUGCGCAGGGACGGAUUGGUACGAGUGGAUUCCAUUUUCCUUUUUGCCGAUUUCUCCGUACUUGUCCUGCAUGUCAUGGAGCAGAAGCCUCUACGCACUUUCAGUUUCACUUCUUCAGUUCAUUUAGAAACAAGCAUAUUCUGUUCCCAAACUACAUCCACCCUAGUCCAAGCAAGACGAUCUGGAGCGCGCCGUCUCCAGGCAGACGCAGAGCGAGAAGGACGCAGAAGACUUCAAGCAGCAGAUGCUAAAGCUCCGCGAGGAUAACAUCAAGCUGAAGGUCGAGGUGGACCGUUUGCAGCGAAGGAACGAGGACGGCGUUUUGAAAGAGAGAGAGCUCCGACGGGUCGAGCAGUUGCUCCUGACGCAGUCAAUGCAGCAGGGUACGUACUUACAACUGAAGCAGUCGGCUCCCUUGAAUAUCUAAGUACCUCAUAGUCUUCCAGUAGUGCCUUAUGAAGACCACCCGGAAACGCGGUCGGAAACACCUAACGACAUACCGUGGAUGCUGGAAGAGCUUGAAUUUCAAUAUUUUCUUGUCUUGUAAGAUCACUACGCCUGCUUUCAGGUGCUCUUUCCCCGAAUACCACCGGGCAUGCGGGCGUGCGUUCCCAAGACCAAUCCCCCAACGGGACGACGCUGGAUCCCGAGCGACUUUACGCAAAGUGGGAGUCCGACAUCGACGCCGAGCUGGCCGCGACCAAGCAGCGCUACAACGUCGGCACCAGCAAGUCUGCGUCGACCACCGGCGACAGCUCUAGCUCCAAUGCGCACUUUGGACUUGAGCGGAAAACCCGAAUGCUGAACCAGGAAAUUCAGGAAUUUGCUAGGCACGGGUUCUUUAAAAACCCCAAUCCGAACUCCAUGCUGUCGCAGUCCGUUGACGUGGACGCGAUUUUGAAAGAAGCAGAACUUUUCGACGGCAAGUCCUACGUGGAGCGGUCCAGGAACGCGUUCCAAACGGGCUUCGGGACCUCGCAAAGCCCCCCGCGAGCCAGCCACUCCGCGCGGUCCUCCGCGGACGGGGUCGUUCUGUAUGUGGAGGACGACGUGGCCGGCACAGCGACGACCAGCAACGGGCCUGAUUUCCGCUUGAGGCUGAGUGCAGAGCAGCAGGCUUUUCAACCAGCGGACCGAGUUGUGGUACAACAACCUCCAGGGGUCGUUCUUGGGAGUGCGGCCAUAGGCCCGUCAGCGUCAACCACAAACGCACUGCCUCCGGUCUCGGUUCCCACGAUGACCAUGACGGCUUCAGCCCAGUCAUCGACCGCAACGGAACCCGUCGUCGACCAAGACCCAGGCACGAAUCGAAGCCUGCUGGUCGGAACGGCUCCUGCAGCGUCAUCUUCGUCUUCCAAAGCUGCUUUCGCUAGCACAGAUGAACAACAACAAAACCAGAACAUGAUAAACGCAUCCGCAUCGGGGAACAAAUUUUCCUCUGGCGCAGAGAGCAGAACUUCGUACCCCGAGCAGGAUUCCUCGUCUCUUGCGGUGUCACAAGCCAGAGGGAUAGACAUUUUGAAGCCCCCACCCGCGGAGCAAACAGCGGAUGACGAGGAGAAUGGCGAAAACGACUCAUUCCGCCUGGACGAUUUUCUUGGGCCUGCAGGAGGGUCUUCUUCGUCGAACAAGAUAGGUCUCGAUGAUCGAUUUGACGACGAGAACAUCACCGAUGCCGUGCCUUCAUCUUCCAACAACAGCAAGGAGGUGGAGAUUCUCGGGCUUGGUGCAGCAGCUGCACCAAGCACGAGUAGUGCAGCAGCAGCGGGAGACGGUGCGAUAGAAGCGAAUGCGGGAAAUCACGAAGAGAAGCCGGAACUUGCGUUCAAACUAGACGACGUGUACAACGACCUGCUGGACCGCAGGAAGCAGGAGCAAGCUGCGAAGAAGAACGAGGAUCCCUUCGGCGGCGACAACAUUCCGGAGGAGAUCGACGAAGAAAUCGAGGAAGAAAUCUUCUCCCAAGGCGACGGUAGCAGCUUCAAAUCGGACGAAGAUGCGGGGUUCUGAUGAACUAGUUCUUGCUCUUGGGAGCGGGAAUAUUGAGCGCUUUUCUCACGGAUACUGGAGUGGUGCCGAGUUUGACGCAAUUGUUCAGAUGUCAGAUGAACACUUUGACAAGGAUUGUGACUUUCAUGUUGAUUUUGUUUGCAAUUGGACUUGCAUAUGGGUUGACGGUGCGGGUACUAUACUUACAUAUGUCCGCUGUUGACUACAGAGUUAUGUGGAAGUUUGAUUUUGAACAUUUGCCCUUUUGCUUAUCUAGAGCUGGCAUUUCGCGCCAGUUCGCAAGGAUAAAGCUGCAGAACUUUUUUUGUGACGGUUUUUUUGCAAAUAAAGUUGAUUGAAAGAAACAGAAAGUUAAAGGAAUCACCCAAUUUAUCAUUUGCGUUUGCGUACGAGUACGACCUGAACUACAACCAAAUUAUCCUCGACUAUGAAGUGGUAAGGUGGAUCUGGAACAUUCCGCCGAUCGGUGGACCCAGUACCAAGUGGACUAGGAGCGAAAAUGAAAAUAAAUGAACGCUUUUUGUGCCCCGGUUCGCAGCUGCGCGAACAACACUUGCAAGCAGGAGGAAGUGCGGGAGUGAGCAAAAGUGGGACCAAGAACCAGAGGGAAUACAGUUAUACCGAUUUCGAUCUUCUUUGUUCUUGUUCAAAGAAAAGAGGGCGAGAACAUGAAUAAGGAUUCACUUUUUCGUCUGAGUUUACACCGGGGAUGCGGGGUUCAUUUGCAUCGUCUUGCUCAUUUUGCGAGUUUUUUUCUUUCUGUUUGAGUCGAGUCCGAGUGAGACACCCGAUGUGCAGCAGAGGAGGUGGACACUUCUGGAGUUACUUGGCGAAAGCGCAGCAACCAAGUGCUAAGCUUCUCUCAUGCUGUAUGAGUGGAUCGUGUAUGUAGUUGCGGCGCGAAGAUUGACGUGACGACCGAACAAAUGUGGCUUACAAAAUGAAUUUGUCCAGGCAGAGGAACGCCGACGCUCCGCUAGCUCUCUCGAUGCGAUUACAAUUAAAC